AUGGAAAUCAUUGAUGCCAGCAGCUUCCUCGGGAACAGUACCAACAUUACUGAUUUCCUCUGCGAUAUCAUCUUGGAAAAUGACACUUUUUUCUGUGUGGACGAUGCACCUUAUCCUUCUAAAGAUUUGCAUCAGAUAAUUCGGAUCCUCCUGUAUUGUUUGAUAUUUCUGCUCAGCAUUUUGGGGAACAUUCUGGUGAUUACGGUGCUGAUAAGAAACAAGCGGAUGAGAACAGUCACCAACACAUUUCUGCUGUCACUAGCAGUCAGCGACCUGAUGCUCUGCCUUUUCUGCAUGCCUUUCACCCUCAUUCCCAAUCUGCUAAAAGAUUUUAUUUUCGGAAGUGCUGUUUGCAAAACUGCCACUUAUUUCAUGGGUGUCUCUGUGAGUGUCUCUACGUUCAACCUGGUUGCCAUAUCUCUGGAGAGAUACAGUGCCAUUUGCAAACCACUGCAGUCCAGGGUCUGGCAGACAAAAUCUCAUGCCUUGAGAGUGAUUGCUGCGACCUGGUGUGUCUCCUUCACCAUCAUGUCACCCUACCCCAUCUACAGCAAACUGGUACCUUUCACCAAGUAYAACAACACCACGGCAAACAUGUGCAGGCUCCUUUGGCCAAGCGAUGUCAUUCAGCAGUCUUGGUACACUUUCCUGCUACUCUCACUCUUUCUUAUUCCUGGGAUUAUAAUGAUGGUUGCAUAUGGUCUAAUUUCUUUGGAACUCUACAGAGGAAUAAAAUUUGAUGCCAGCCAGAGAAAAUCUUCACGAGAGAUAUUUUGCCAACUAUUUAAACAGCACUUUAUAUGCACAGAAAGAAGAAUGAGUACCUGCAGCGCCAAAUACGAGGAUGGAGAUGGAUGCUACCUCAACAAAACCAAAAGAAAAAGGAAAAUGCCAUUGCAACAGCUCUCUGUUAUGAGCCACAACAAAAUAGAGAGGGUGAGAAGCAACAGCUCUUCUGCCAACUUAAUGGCCAAGAAACUCGUGAUCCGUAUGCUGAUGGUGAUCGUGGUUUUGUUUUUCAUUUGCUGGACUCCCAUCUUCAGCGUCAACGCCUGGCGCGCCUUUGACACAGCAUCUGCAGACCGGCGCCUCUCGGGGGCUCCCAUCUCCUUCAUCCACCUGCUGUCCUACACCUCUGCCUGUGUCAACCCCAUCAUUUACUGCUUCAUGAACAAACGCUUCCGCACCGCCUUCCUGGCCACGUUCGCCUGCUGUGCCAAGCAAAAGCCGCCCGCCACACGGGGCGAGGCUGCUGAGGAAGAGGAGGGGAAAACCACCAGGGCUUCCCUGUCCAAAUGCUCUUACACACACAUGUCUGCAUCUGCACCCCCCUGAGCCACGCCAGGCASGCAACGAGUGGCGAAUCAUUUGGUCUUGGAAGGGCACUGUGGCCUCGGCUGAAGGCRGUUUAGU